AUCUUGUGUUAGUUUCUCCGCCGUACGUUCUAUUGCGGCAUGGGCUGGCCGAGGCAUGACCUCGUCAGCUUCGCAUGUUUUUGACGCUUAUUAAGCGCCCAUGCGCCCUGGUCGCUUCAAGAAGCGCUUCAAGAAGAAGCGGAGGGUGACCCAAGAUGAGGAGACAGGCAAAGCUGAAGCUGAAGCUGAAGCUGAAGCUGAAGCUGAAGCUCAGGAAGGGGCGAGCGAUCGUUGGCGCCUUCCGGGCACUUUGCUGGUAGGCCUUGCUGCUGGCUUCACCCUGGCCUCGGUGGUUUUGAUGCGGCCAGAGUGGGAAAAACCGGUCAUGGAAGCAACUGUCGCGGCUUCCUACGACUUGAACACACCGCGCACGCACUUGCUGGAGACAACGCCGCAGAUGUACAAGGAAUCGCAUCCACUGGAUGACACCCCGACCUCUGCCUUCGGCGAAAUCUCGAAGGCGCCAAUCCUCGAGAUCCUGCCGGCACGGGGCGAUUUCGACGCGCCGCGCGCCGCAGAUCCAACGAUUUUGGAGGGAGCUGGACCGAAUGUUGGUCGGAGCAAGCUGGACCUGGCGUCGGGAUUUCGGCAGCCGGGGGAUUUUAAAGAUCCGAAGGUCAUUUGGAUCCAUUUGCACGGCUUCGGCGGCACCACGAUGUGCGACAUGGCCCGGGCAUACGGGGAGAAGGUGACCAAAGCCGUGGACAACUGCAACCUGCUGCCGGACGCCUGCUCUACGCCCAAGGCCUUCCGCAUCCCCUGCAGCAAGCGCGCGGCCAGCGUGAGGUAUACCUUCACGGCAGUGGAAAGGUCGUUGGACGAUGAUGACUUGGUGUGUAGUGGCCAGUCAGGGACAAUGCUACUCGGGAUCAUGUUGCGAGACCCUCUGGCCGGCAUCAAGUCCACUUGGAUUGGUAACGAGCUGGACAAGGGCGCGAUUCUGCGUGCCAUGAGGACCGGAGUGGUUCCCAGAGGUUUCGGCUUCCACUUUUGCCUGCCGCCCUUGGACACCUAUCAGCACUUCGACAACUUUGCGGUGCGCACGCUCAGCGGCGACUAUGACCUGGCCCCCGGGGCUAUGACAGCUGAGCACUUGGCCAAGGCCAAGGAGGUGCUGUUGAAGCUGGACGUGGUGCUCAUCAUGGAGGAGUUGUCGGACCACCUGGCUCAGCUGCGCGCGUUCUUUGGGUGGCAGGUGGAUUUGUCUCGGAGCCCCUGGAAGUCCCACGGCCACAAGAUCCCCAAGAACGCUUUGACCGACGAGGAGGAGGCCUUCCUCAAGAAGGCGAACGAAUUGGACUACGAGCUUUUUGACUUCGGCAAGAGCCUGGCUCGGCAGCUUACUGCCCACGCCCAAAGACGUCUGGCCUUCUAAUUCUGUAAGGCUUUGGCAACUACGUUGACCCCAGGCCAAUUGGAAUUUGUCGGUAGACUUUCCAGUGAGCCAGCGGGCGCAAUGGCACGGCCUUCGCAUUCAUCCGGCUGCAUUGCAGUAAAGUGGACCACACCCGCACGAAAUGAAUGCAAUCCAGCACGCAAGUCGGUUUGUGCUAUAUUAGUCACUUAAGCUGUUUGUACUUCGGCAAACUCCUGCACCGAUUCAGCCUUUUUCGCAUCGGCACGCACGAAACAAGGCUGCAGGAUUCUGUUCCGAAGGACAAGCGGGUUCACCGUGGAUGGUGCAGCCAAUGCCUUAUAUGUGCC